GCCUAGGUAGAAGGCUUAUGAUUUGGGAUGUUAGCAGGAUCAACGAGGAACAGACAGCAGAGGAUGCAGAGGACGGCCCACCGGAGCUGCUGUUUAUCCAAGGUGGUCACACCAGCAAAGUCACAGAUAUCUCGUGGAACCCUUGUGAAGAUUGGGUUAUUUCCAGUGUAGCUGAGGACAAUAUACUACAGAUAUGGCAAAUGGCUGAGAACAUUUAUCAUGACGAGGAUGAUGGUCCAGACCGUCCAGGUACAGGGGGAGAACCAACAAAAGAUUCUUAGCUUACCGUUUGGUUCAUAUCUUAUGCUACAUUAUUCUUUUUAUACAUCUCUGCUUUUUUGAUCUGUUCAAGUAAUUAAUGGAAGUUGUGGAAACAAGAUCUAA